AUUUUUCUUUAUAUCUAACCGUCAUUUCUGAAGUUGUUGUUGAAGACACUAUUAGAGUUGUCAUUAUUGUCAUUAAUAGAGUUUUCAUUUAUUGCCUUUGGUGUUAUGUCAUGUCACGUCAUCAUUGGAAUUGCUAUAAGGCUAACACUGGUGCUGUAUU